ACUAAAAAAUGUCUGAAAGUCCAUAAACCCGACACGAUCCAAUUGCUCAUUUGUUUAUGUCCUUUUCAAAACAGAAACUAAUCUCAGCCGUCCGAUCCUUCAAUAAUUUGAAACCCUCCUUCCUCUCUUUUUCUCUCUCACUUCACUCAAUUGCUUCACUUUCCUUACUUCAUCAGUCUCAAAUAAAAGCGGGCUUCCGGUUCCAUCAGAUCGGGUCUCUCGGUUCCUGGUCGGUCAUCGAUCCGCUUCUUCUUUUUUGUAGGCGUUAACUUGGGCUAAUUUAUUGAUCGACAAUGGCCGCUGCGAUGGAACUCGACAAAUCUGAGCUUGUUCCUACCGGAUUGAAUUCAGAUCCCGCUUUUAAAUUGGCUGGGCAUGAUGUGGCUUCUGGAAAAGAUGGAAUACCAUCUUACUCAUCUUCAUCGAUUUCCUCUUCAGGGGAUGCUACUUCUAAUAUCAAAGGCGAAGCAGAUGGUAUUUCUAGCAUCAAAGGCGAGGCUGAUAAAGAGUCGGUUGGAGUGCAGAACAUUUAUAAUCCACCUACUAGUAAUUAUAACUAUUACUACCCAGGAUAUAAUGGGCCCUUCCCGCAGUUGGAUGAUCAUGGUUAUUUUCAAGCAGAUGGAUCUCAUGUUGGAAUGCAGUCAGACAAUGGAUCAGUAGUCUAUUAUUUACCAGGCUAUAAUCCAUAUGCUUCUGGGGCACUUAUUGGGGUUGAGGGGCAAAGUAUUGGUCAACAACCAUAUUUUUCUUCCUCUGGAUAUCUUCAGCAUCCUGUUUCAUAUGGAUCAGCAGCUGUGCCUUGUUAUUCAUGGGAUUCAACAUAUGCUGGCGAUGUCUCAAAUGGAAGUGCUGCUUUUGGAAAUGGAAAAUAUGGUUCUGCUAAGUCAAAUGGUUUGAACUCUAUGAAAUCUAAUGGCAAUAUUGGUGGAAAAUCUUCUAAGUCAAAUUAUAUGCAACCAAAUAGACCUUUAAACAAGGUGUCUCCAUUGGGUUCUGAUUUCUCAGCAGGCCUCAUGAAGGGAUACCAUCAUGUAGGAAAUUUUUCUUCAUUUUCUGCUCAUAAACAAGGUCCAUUAUCUCAUAACGGUACUAUGAAUUACAGACAAAACGGAAGGAUGUGGAAUGGAAAUGAUAGAAAUAGACCAAGAGACAAAUUUUAUAAAACCAAUGAUUUUGAAGCCUCAAGUGAACUAACAUGUGGUCCUAGGGCUUCUAACAAAAUUUCUCCUUUGGACUCCUCUGCCAAGGAAGACUUGGCAUUUACAGUAUGUAGGGAUCAGUAUAACCAAGCAGAUUUUAAAACUGAGUAUAAAAAUGCCAAGUUCUAUGUUAUAAAAUCUUACAAUGAAGAUGACAUCCAUAAGAGCAUUAAAUAUGCUGUAUGGGCGAGCACCCCAAAUGGCAAUAAAAAGCUAGAUGCAGCAUUCUGUGAAGCAGAACAGCGAUCAAGUGAAACUGGCACAAAAUGUCCAAUCUUCCUUUUUUUCUCGGUUAAUGGAAGUGGACAGUUUGUUGGGUUAGCUGAGAUGGUUGGGCAGGUAGAUUUCGAGAAGGACAUGGACUUUUGGCAACUUGACAAGUGGAGUGGUUUCUUCCCAGUUAAAUGGCAUGUCAUAAAGGACAUUCCUAACAAUCAACUGCGGCAUAUCAUCCUUGAAAAUAAUGAUAAGAGGCCUGUAACUUUUAGCAGGGACACCCAAGAGAUUGGAUUCGAGCAAGGCUUGGAAAUGUUGAAUAUUUUUAAGGGUUAUUCAUCUAAAGCAUCAUUAUUAGAUGAUUUCAAUUUCUAUGAAAAUCGAGAGACAUCUGUUGUUAGAAAGAGCAAUAAGCUUGCAACUUUGCGGAUGGAAAUAAACAACAAUGGUGAUUUCCCAAAACAUCCAAAAUCAGGAGAAAGAAAACAUGAAGAAGAAUCAUGGACCAAGAAAACUAGUAAUCCUUCAUCUCUGAUCAAUCUUACAAAAAAUCUCUCACUCAAUGGCUACAGCCAGAAGAGUAAUUCAAUAAAGAAACCAAUAGAAAAUUCAAUCCCAGCUGCUGCUUCCCCAUAAACACUCGAGAGCCUUUUGUUUUUCAUUUCUUUACAAUGAUAUUGUUACUUGUUAGAUUUCUCUAGAGGUCUUCCUCUUAUUUUAUCUUCCUUUUUUCUUUUCACCUAUUUAAUGCUUUUAUUAUCAUAUAAUUUCUUUUCAUUUUUUCCCAUCUUUAAGCCAGUUGGUUGGAAGGCUAUGUAUUCUUUAGGUUUUCAGAGUUGUAUAAUUUAUUUUCAAUGGCUCUUUUAGUUGAUUUAGAAGCAAGCUGUGGUAGUGGUUGGCUGGAGAUCAGUUUGUAUCUAUGGUUCACUGUUUCUUGACUGUUUAAAUUUAAUGCUUCCUGAAUCCUUAAAAUGUAAA